AAUUUAACUUGUUAAAUUUGUAGCGGUGCGUUGCCGAAAUCGCAUUAGAGCACUUCGUCAUCCGAGCUUUGAUCUACUGACUUGAAGUUUCUAGUCUAGAGAGCUAGUAAAAAAUCACAAGUUUUGCACUUCGGUCAUCACAAGAUCAAGUAACCUUAUGAGCUCAUCUUCUAGUUUAAGUGAAGUGUCCAAUUUCAUUAUAACAUGUUUAGACUUAAUACUGAGUCCAACUAGGGAGAUUAGGGAUAGGUCUGAGAGUGAAGUAGAAUGUGAGAGAGAGCUAAUUGAGGAUCCUAACUAUUCUCCCCCUCUUACUCCUUGUAGUGAGAGUUACGAAAUAGAGAUGUCAUUUGAGGGCACACUAAGUAUUGGGAGGGAAGAAGAGGUACACCAGAUGGAUUCAAGUGAGAGUAGUAGUGAAGUAGAGACUUUCAAUAACGGUGGGAGUGAGAGGAGUGGAGGUGAGGUGGAAAAGGCAUGUUCAGCUCCACGGGGCCAUUGGAUGCCCAUAAAUGACCACUACCUAUCAACCGGGCUUAGGUUUCUGGUUCCUGAGCUGCUCAUGGCCUUGCUGAAGGAGUAUGGGUUGGGAAUGACACAGAUCGUCCCCAACGCUGUUUGGCUAAUCAUAGGAUUUCUAGUGUAUUGUCGAACUCGAGGUGUACUCAUUCCCACAAUUAAUGAGAUGAAACAACUUCUGGCUAGAGGUAAAACCGUUGCUCUCCCAAACAAGAGGUCCAAGACUCUUGCUCCAAGUGUUGUGGAGGAGAGGACAAUGGGUGGGACUUCAAGACCCCACCCAAGUGGAAGAGCCCAAGUUGAAACAGGAAUGAGGUGGGCAAGCACAGAGGUUCCGACAUCGUCCGUCACGCCCUUGAGGAGCAAAAUGCCUUGGCUAAGAAGAAUGACGAGCUCAACUAAUGACUUGACCUCAGAGCUCAAAAAGGUCAGGGAGGAGCUGGUCAUUGCUAAGAAAGCUACUGAGCUUAAGGAAAAGAAAAGAAAGAAGUGUGAGGAAAACUUAGCCAAGGCAAAAAACCAACUGGCCAAGGUGAAGAGGAAGGCUAAGCUGGCAGUUCAUAAUUUAGUUGAGCAACAUGUUUCAAGCUUCAUCAAAUCUGUGACCUUCUCUGAGAUCGCGGAUCUCUAUUGGCUGCCUACUUUGAUGAUGGCCUUCAUUGACUUUAGAAAAAAGGUGAAAGCUCAAAAUCUUGAGGACGAAGCGAGACGAACUGUGUUUCCCCCACACUUGGAGUAUGAGUUCGUCACUAUAGACAAAGGUGAGGCUGACGUUCUUGGCGGUAUUGAGGUCGAAGACAAUGUUGUUGAGUAAGAGGUGGACCAGUAGCAUCUAGUAAUCAGCUAAGGUCGGCAAGUUCGUUUUCAA